AUGGCAACCUCAUUCACCCCCCAAACCAACCACCACUCCUCCCCUCCCCCCUCCCUCUCAUCAAACCCCAUAAACACCAUCAAUCUCGAUCCCACACUCCUCCGCGAACCCGUCGAAAACCCCCUCCUCAAGCCCUUCUACCCCGGCCAGCCAAAGUCCCUCUCCGGCAUCGCCCUCCGCGCCUUCUGCCUCGGCAUCACCUUCGCCGUCGGCCUCAUCUCCGCCGUCGCCAUCCUCCUCCUCACCGACUCCCCCAUCUGGCGCGUCCCCUUCUUCCUCCUCGCCCUCUCCCUCUUCCACUUCCUCGAGUUCUGGACCACCGCAGAACGAAACACCGCCGUCGCCUCCAUCGACAGCUUCCUCCUCACCGCCAACUGGCCCUCGUACGCAAUCGCCCACUCGUCCGCCUUUCUCGAGUGCUUCCUCGUCAGCGUCUUCUUUCCCAACCGCCGCUGGGCGCCCCUCGGAUCCGGCAACGUUCUCCUCUUCGUCGGCCUCGCGCUCGUCGUCGUCGGCCAGGCCGUCCGCUCCCUGGCCAUGCUGCAUGCCGGCGCCAGCUUCAACCACCACAUCCAGACCAAGAAGGCUCGCUCGCAUCUCCUCGUCACCACGGGCAUUUACGGAUGGCUGCGGCACCCGAGCUACUUUGGCUUCUUCUACUGGGGCCUCGGCACGCAGCUUGUGCUUGGCAACACGUUUUGCUUCGUGGCGUAUGCGGCGGUGCUGUACAUGUUCUUCCGCGACAGGAUCCGUAUUGAAGAGCACAAGUUGGUCGAGUUCUUUGGUGACGACUAUGUAAACUACAGGAAGCGGGUGGGCACUCUGAUUCCGUUUAUACGAUAG